UUGCAGGGUAACAGACCCAUUGACUGGUAUCAGCCUAACUCAAGAAUUCUUGGACAGGAAGUCCGUCUUAAAUAUCGUGUAAAACCAACUAGAGAUUGCACUAGUUGCCCUUUCAUAGAAGAUGCUUGCUCAAGAGGUUCCAGUAUGAGGAGACCGGGAUACACGUGUGGGAAGCCAAAUGUUAUGUAUUUUUUGGAUUCUAGUAGUUGUUUACGUGGCGUUGUCCUCUGUGACACAAAUGACAACAGUUGUAUGGCAGUACGGGACGGAUAUGACACUCAAAUCGCAGAAUCAGUCGGUUCCGUCACAAUGAUUGAGUGCAGAAAUGGAAGAUGGAGCGCACGUACCGUUACCAACGAAUUCAAGGAGAUCAAUAGCGGAUUACGAUGUAUGGUCAGAAGAUAUCACCGUGGAUAG